AUGAAGGAGGACAAGGAGAACAGCAGGCCCAAGGAGCGGCGCGGAGCCGCCGUCGCUAGCGGUACCGCGCCCGCCCCGCCGCUGGGGCCCGCCGCCGCCACGGACGGCCGCGGGGGCGGCGAGGCCGACCGCCUCGAGCGGCCCAAGGACAAGAAGGAGACGCUGAGCAAGGUGGUGAUCCGGCGGCUGCCGCCCAGCCUCACGAAGGAGCAGCUGGAGGAGCACCUGCAGCCGCUGCCCGAGCACGACUACUUCGAGUUCUUCGCCAACGACUCCAGCCUCUACCCGCACAUGUUUUCGAGAGCCUACAUCAACUUCAAAAACCAGGAAGACAUAGUCCUCUUCAGGGAUCGCUUUGACGGCUAUGUUUUUGUGGAUCACAAGGGUCAGGAAUAUGCAGCCAUAGUAGAGUUUGCACCUUUCCAAAAAGCUGCAAAAAAGAAGAGUAAGAAGAAGGAUGCCAAAACGGGGACCAUUGAAGACGAUCCAGAAUACAAGAAGUUUCUGGAAAGUUACAGUGCAGAUGAUGAAAAAUUAACCUCAACUCCUGAAACGCUGCUGGAGGARAUAGAGGCAAGAAACAAAGAACUGAUAGCUAAGAAGACUACUCCCUUACUGAACUUCCUGAAAAACAAACAGAGGCUGAGAGAAGAAAAAAGAGAGGAGAGGAGGAGGAGAGAACUGGAAAGGAAAAGACAAAGAGAAGAAGAAAGAAGAAAGUGGAAGGAGGAGGAGAGAAGGAAGCGAAAAGAAGCGGAAAAACUGAAGAAGGUAGACAGAUGUCCAGAAAAAGAAAGGGACAGAUCAAAAGAAGAGCCAAAGAUUAAGCUGCUUAAGAAGCCUGAAAAAGAUGAAAAAGACUUGGAGAAAAAAGAAAAAUCCAAGAAACUGGAAAAAGAGACUCUAAGGGAGGAAAAAAAUGCGAGUAGUGCAUCUGCCAAACGAUCUGAUGGGGAGACAAAAGAAGAGAAGGCAAAAAAGUCAGAAGAUGAGUGUGUAAAGGACUACAGGGAUCGAGAUAGAGAUUUUGAAAGAGACAGAGAAUAUGAGAGAGCACAGAGGGAGAAACUGAGACGCCAAGAAGAGGAGCGUCGGAGGCAGAAAGAGCGCUUUGAGAAAGAGAAGGUUUUUAGAAGAAAAGAGGAAGAGGUGAAAAAGGAGAGAGACUUGCUCAGAGAAAAGGGAAAGAAAAGUGAUCUCACAGACUUUACCAGCAACCCAGACAGACCUGAGAAAGUAACCAAAGACGAUAAAAAAGAGGAUACAAUUAAGAGGGAUCGUAUCAGAAACAAGGAUCGUCCAGCAAUGCAGUUGUACCAGCCGGGAGCCCGAAGCCGAAGCAGAUUGUGUCAGUAUGAAGACAGUGCCGCAAAGUCCACAGAUCAGGGAGCAGAUAAGAAACCAGAGAGUGAGACGAGUAACACAAAGGAAGAAGAGUGAUUAGCAUGCACGCCUUAUGUGUUCUGACUGUCUGUGCAGCCAAAGAGCUUGUACUACGCAAUCCAGAAGUGCCUUCGAAGCGAAGAAGGAACACAGGAGGAAAAGGGGGCAUUGUGCUGUUGGAUGUUUCUGGCUAAAGAACCUCAGUUGUAGAUUCAGAAUUUGAAAUGUGUUCUCAUUGUAUUUUCAGUUUUUGAAUUUAUUUUCCCAGCACCUAACUGCAACAGAGAAGAGAUUUUUCUUUUUUYCCCCUUUUUGCAAAGCAGAAAAGACUUUGUGGCCUUAAGUGUGAUAAUAAACGAAUCGUGCAGUCAGGAGGAGAUGACAGCUGGAUCUAAAGCCAGAGCUUUACUUUAAAGAAGGCAGGAGCCUGUAUGUGACACACUCGAGCAGGGCGAGYGUGGAGCUGCCCUGAGUUAACGUAGGUUUGCGA